AUUUAGCUUUACCUUGACAACAUUCAAUGCCACCUGGUCAGAUUUAGAAGAGAAAGCUCGUCUAAGUGACCAGAUGACUUUGACAACGAUACGACACAUACUAAUACAACGGUGACGACUAUGGUUUCCGCUUCGCCAUCGCCGCACAAACCGCGGCGCAAGAAUAAGAAGACGGCGCAUUUCGACGAUUCCGUCAAUGUUAAACCCGAAGCUCUCAUCCGAACUCCCUCCUUCCCUCUAGCAGCUUUUCUCUGGCCUGCACGGGGCUCUCUAUCACAAUGGGAAGUUCUUCCCCUCAUACUUAUGGUUGUCGGACUGUUUAGAUGGGCUGCCGGGCUCUGGGGAUAUUCAGGCUUCCAGAAACCACCAAUGUUUGGAGACUACGAAGCGCAAAGACACUGGAUGGAGAUUACAACACAUCUACCAAUAUCACAAUGGUAUUUUCACGAUUUACAAUGGUGGGGUCUCGAUUACCCUCCCUUGACAGCAUACCACAGCUUGCUACUCGGCAAGGUCGGGUCUCUUAUCGAUCCGUCGUGGUUCGCACUCUAUUCGUCUCGAGGUUUACAAGAUCCGACGCUCAAGGUUUUCAUGAGAGCUACCGUCAUCGUGUCCGAAUACCUCAUUUAUAUACCUGCCGCGGUAAUCUUCGUUAGGAGGUAUAGCCGGCUCUUUGGAGUUGCUCAAUGGACAGCUUCAGUAGCUCUUGUCGCUAUACUUAUGCAGCCGGCUACUAUCCUCAUCGACCACGUCCACUUCCAGUACAACACCGUGAUGCUCGGGUUCGUCUUGGCAAGCAUGUCAAGUAUGGUGGCAGGUCGAUAUAUGUGGGCGUCUGUCUUCUUCGUUGCAGCUCUAGGUUUUAAGCAGAUGGCGCUAUACUAUGCGCCAGCUGUGUUUGCCUUCCUAUUAGGAAGCUGUACAUUUCCCCGGAUCAACAUUGCACGACUUACAGGAAUCGCAGCCGUAACUCUUGCCUCCUUCGCGGUACUCGUACUGCCGAUAAUUCUAGGUGCAUUAUAUGAUGCCAGCCGAGGUAUCGAUUCGAGACCUACUUUUGAUGGACCUCGGCCCCCACUCCCUAUCUUCACAUUUCUUUCGGACUACCUAGACACAAAAGCAGCAUAUUAUCCAGUGGUUGAGCAGGUAGUCCAAAUGGUUCACCGAAUCUUCCCCUUCGCGAGAGGACUAUUUGAAGACAAGGUCGCCAACUUCUGGUGCACAGCUAACGUGCUUAUUAAAUUGCGAAAAUACCCAACUGAACUUCUACAAAGAGUUUCACUUUUAGCUACUCUCGCCUCUAUCACCCCGCCUUGUGCAGUCAUAUUCUUCAAGCCGCGCAAGGAGCUUCUCCCAUACGCCUUUAGCGCCACUGCCUGGGGCUUUUUCUUAUUUAGCUACCAAGUCCACGAGAAGAGCGCUCUUCUUCCUCUCCUCCCUAUGACUUUACUCCUUGCCGGAAAACAGGGGCUAGGAAAGGACAUCAGGUCCUGGGUUGGUUUUGGUAACCUCGUUGGCGUGUGGACAAUGUUCCCGCUAUUACAAAGAGUCGACCUACGCGUACCAUACGCGGUCCUAACACUCUUAUGGGCAUAUCUAUUAGGUCUUCCGCCUGUAUCGAUUAGCGCCUAUUUCGAGGAAGGACAGAAUAUCUGGGUUCAAUGGCUAACAGCCAUCACUCACGGUAUUUUCUACGUCUCCAUGGCUGCUUGGCACGUACUAGAAGCGACGGCCAUUCCACCUCCCGACAAACCCGAUCUCUGGGUUGUUGCCAACGUUGGUGUCGGCGCAGCCGGCUUUUCGCUUUGCUACUUGUGGUGCCUAUGGAAGUUGGUCCAAGAGAGCGGACUUAUCUCCCCGGUGUCUAAGGUCAAAACGACAUGAGUCGACUGGAAGCCCGUGGCCGCGCCACUAGCUUGUAUCAUAGAUAGAAAUCAUAAAUAAAACCAGGUUCUCCACA